AUGGCACCAUUUUAUCAACGUCCUGAAAAUGCUCUCAAAAGAGCUGAAGAAUUAAUUGCUGUGGGACAACAUGUGGCUGCUCUCACUUCUCUUCACGAGAUCGUGAUUUCGAAACGGUCACGUAGCACACCUCUUUCUGCAUUGGAGCCAAUCAUGCUUCGUUUUGUAGAAUUGUGUGUCAAUUUGAGAAAAAGCAAAACAGCAAAAGAAGGAUUGAACCAAUAUAAAAUUAUCGCUCAGAGUCUUAGCGUUACAACUAUUGAGCUUGUUAUUAAAAAAUUCAUUGAGCUCUCAGAAGAAAAAGUAGCAGCUGCUCAAGCUAAGGCUGAUCGUAUUACUUUGGACGCAAUCGAUGAUCUCGAGGCGUCAGAAACCCCGGAAUCAAUUAUGUUGAGCACAGUAAGCGGUGAACAAAGUAAAGAUAGAACAGAUAGAGCUGUGGUAACACCUUGGCUUAAGUUUUUGUGGGAAGCGUAUAGAUCAGUUUUGGAUAUUUUGAGAAAUAAUGCUCGUUUGGAAGUUUUAUAUCAACAAACUGCACACCAAGCAUUCCAGUUUUGUCUCAAGUAUAUUCGAAAAACGGAAUUUCGACGUCUUUGUGAUCUCCUUCGUAAUCAUCUUCAGAACAUUGCUAAAUACGCUCAUCAACAACAUUCAAUAAAUUUAAAUGAGCCGGAUACCCUUCAACGACACCUAGACACCCGAUUCUAUCAACUCAAUGCAGCUGUCGAAUUAGAGUUAUGGCAGGAAGCAUUCAGAUCUGUUGAAGACAUUCAUAAUCUAUUAUCAAUGUCAAAGAGACCUCCCAAAUCUGUAAUGAUGGCAAAUUAUUAUGACAAGUUAACAAAAAUAUUUUUGGUUAGCGAAAAUUAUUUGUUCCAUGCUACUUCAUGGAAUCGGUAUUAUACAUUAGUAAAGGCUCAAAAUAAAGCUUUGUCUGACGAAGAGAACACUCGAAUGGCAUCUUUUGUGUUGUUAUCUGCUCUCGCUAUACCUGUUAUUACUAGUUCUAAAACUCGAUUGCUUGAAAUUGAUGAUAAUAAAAACAAACAACAUCGACUUGCAGCAUUGUUAGGAAUGACUCGUUCGCCCACUAGGUCAGGCUUGUUGAAGGAAGCACUUAACAAAGACAUUUUACGUCGAGUCCGUCCAGAAUUGAAGGAUUUAUACAAUAUUCUAGAAGUCCAAUUUCAUCCAUUAUCAAUUUGUAAGAAGAUCGAGCCUAUUAUGAAUCAUCUUGCACAAGAUGCGGAAAUGGCAAAAUAUGUAAAACCUUUACAUCAAGUUAUUCUUACUCGCCUAUUUCAACAGUUGUCACAAGUUUAUGAUAGCGUUAAGCUCGAUUUUGUUAUAAAUCUUGCUUCUUUUGCUCCUCCAUAUAAUUAUGAUGCUGCAACAAUUGAAAAAUUUAUUAUGAAUGGAUGCAAAAAAGGUGAACUCUCAAUUCGCAUUGAUCAUUCCACCAGCAGUUUAACAUUUAAAACGGAUUUGUUUUCUGCUUCUAAAAAUGCUGAUGCUGAUGGAGCAAAGUUACAAGCAUCACCAGCAGAUCGAAUGAGGGAUCAACUUUCAAGACUUGCCAAAUGUUUUUAUACUACAGUUCAUAUGAUAGAUCCAACUAUUGUUGAAGACAAGAAGAAGGCUAGGGCAGCCUCUCUUUCCCGUGCUUUGGCUGGAAUGGAGGAAGAACAUAAUAAUGCCCUUGCUCGUAAAGCUAUUAUUGAGCGAAGAAGGGAAUUGGUAGAGACUUUAUUAAAACGAAAGGAGAAAGAAGAGCAACGAGAACAUGCCAUUCGCCAAAAACAAAGAGAUGAUGAAUUGAAACAAAGACAAAUAGAAGAAGCUAAAAAACGUGAACAAGAUAGGAAAAGACGUGAACUUGAAGCCAUUCAGAGGGAAGAAGCUCGAAAAUUGGCCGAGUCUCUUAAAUUAAAAAAUCUAAAAGUACAACCAAAGGAUUUAGAAAAUUUAGAUACUGAUAAACUUGUUCAACUUCAAGUUGAACAAAUUGAAAAAGAGAAACGUGAGCUUAAUGAACGUUUAAGAGUUACAGCAAAACGUAUGGAUCAUGUUGAACGUGCUUAUCGUAAAGAGGAAAUACCUCUUCUUGAAAAAGAUUAUGAACUUCAAAAGAAAGCUGACAGAGCUUAUCAUGAUGCUGCUCGUAAAUUACAAUUAGAAACAUCAUCACUUAAGCAUACUCAAGAUCUUAAAAUAAAAUCAAGAUUAAUGAGAAUUCUACCUGAUUAUCAAAUUUAUCGAGCUGAGAUUGAACAGAAACAGUUUGAAGAAUUUGAAGAGCGUCGAAGAGCUGCUCAUACCAAAAUUGAAGAGGAAAAAGAAAAGAGGAGACAAGUGUAUAGAGCAAAAAAAGAAGAAGAAAGGCUUCAAAAAGAAAUUGAAGAAGCAGCUAUUCGGAAAGCUGAAGAAGAAGAGAGAAAUAAACUUGAAGAGGCCCGACGUGCAGAAGAAGCAGCUAAUGCUAAGAUAGAAGCUGAAAAGGCCGAGUAUGAGGCAAAGAAACGGAAACUUGAUGAACAAGCAGCCCGACAACGUGAGGCAGAACGUCAAGCUGAGGAAAGACAAAAAGCUCAAAAACCUAGUACUUCCACUGGCGGUUAUAUUCCUCCAGCUCUUCGACGUGCUGCAGUAACAUCACGAAAAACAGAAGAACCACAACGACGUACUGCUCCAAUUCGUCGUGAAACUGAGGAUUUAUGGCGUCGAUCUGAUUCACGUCAUUCAACGACAGAGGAAUUGGAUUGGCGUCGAUCUGAUUCUGGACGUGCUGAAACACGUCGUUCAACUGCAGAAGGAUCAGAAUGGCGUCGAUCUGAUUCUGGACGUGCUGAACCCCGCCGGUCAAAUACUGAUGAAUUGGAAUGGCGUCGACCUAUAGUUCGAGAAGAAACAGAACAAAGCUGGAGGCCCCAAACAGAAGUAGAUGAUGAAGGUUUUAUACCAGUAGUCAAGGGAAAACGUCGUGUUAAAACUGGUGGUUCUACUGAGGCAGAAUAA